AUCGCGCGCACUGAUAGGAGGCCACGUGCGCCAUUUUGUGUAUGCACACAUGAGAAUGACUCUACUUUGAAUAACGUUGAGGUACUUUCUGCAAAGCAAAGAUAUGUGUCAGUGAUUCUCAAGUUCCUAUCUCAGUGUGGAAAUGAAGAGAAAAAAAUCAAAGUCAGCUGAAAACGAGAACGAUCUUAAAAUCAAGAAAUCAGAAACCAGAAGUGGAAAAUCAGAGGAUUUAGAACCAGAUGAUGUUUCAGAAGAAAUUCAAAGCAAAGGCAGACCAUAUACAAUUAGUGUUGCACUGCCUGGCUCUAUUUUGGAGAAUGCACAGUCGCCUGAGCUAAGAACUUAUCUGGCUGGACAAAUUGCAAGAUCGCUUGUUAUAUUUAACAUUGAUGAGGUAGUUGUGUUCAAUGAAACCACAAAGAAAGAUUCCAAAUCUGGCUUCAAGGGAUCCACAAAAGCCACUGAUCCUAACAUUCUGCUAGCAAGAAUUUUGCAAUAUUUGGAAUGUCCACAAUACCUGCGCAAGCAUUUCUUUCCAAAGCACCCAGACCUGAACUAUGCUGGGCUUUUAAAUCCGCUAGACAGCCCACAUCACAUGAGAGUUGAUGAUGAACUGCCUUACAGAGAAGGAGUUGUCCUUGAUAGGCCAGUUAAAAAUGGAGAAGGGUCAUUUGUCAAUAUAGGCUUGCGAAAAGAAGUAAAGGUGGAUAAACAUCUGCAGCCAGGAAUUCGUGUCACCGUCAAAAUUGAAUCUUCCGAGAAAAAGCACACAACAGGAAAAGUUGUCUCUCCGGCGGAACCAAGAUUAAAAAACGGUUUAUACUGGGGUUACAAUGUUCGACUGGCGCAGUCCUUUGGAGCCGUUUUCACCCAAUGUCCUUUUAAGGAUGGUUAUGACGUUACAAUAGGUACGUCAGAGAGAGGCUCGCCGGUGCGCAAGCUGAGGCUGUCACCUUUCAAGCAUUUACUGAUUGUAUUCGGUGGACUAGGGGGACUGGAAGCGAGUUUAGAGUCUGACGAGAGCCUUAUGCAGAGUGAGGCACAGCUCUUGUUUGACCACUACAUCAACAGCUGCUCGAAUCAAGGAAGUCGCACUAUACGAACUGAGGAAGCAAUUUUGAUAACGCUGUCAGGUCUGCAGCCCAGGAUUCAAAAAUGUCUCAAGAAAACAUAAUAACGAAAUCCCAUCAUUGCGUCUCGCAGGACACGACAUCCUUCAGAAAGUAUCGACUCGUAGAUUUCAAAAUCUAGAUUCCGCGCUUCAAAAUCUAGAUUCUGCGUUUCACAAACAGAUUCUGCCUGUUUAGCCAACUCAAGAUAUUCAUUGGUUCAAACAGUUCUACCUCCUGAUUUUCGUAGGCCUUCUCCCGUCUGUUCCAGUUUAGUACUUCAUCGAUGAGAAAAGCAUUUUCAUGAAUGUUCGAGACUAUGAACGGAUAAAAAACUUCCACCAUCUACCAACCUUGUCAGGCAAUAUUUCGAUAUUUUUUCCCUAUAUUGACAAAGUUCACGCUCCAGUGGAAGAAAAAGCCAGAUUCAAUUACUGGGAAACCAAUAAUUCCUCAAAGACUUUUUUACGAUGUUUUUUACGAAACUGAAAAAUUCUGGAAGACCAGCUUAUGCCAAGUUGGUAAACGAAACUUAAAACCAGUUUAACUGCAGCAAAUAGACAUCGCCUUUUUGUACGUUUUCAAAUGUAGCUUCUUAUUCAGCCCUCGCAAAUGCAAAAUUUUGGAUUAAUUCUUCGCACAGUUUAAUAGUUGUUUCCAGAUAAAAACCUUGACCUAUUUUACACUUCUCAACCAAGCAAACUGAAAUGGACAUUUUAAUUGGAAACUUCAUCAACCGACAAAAAUACAAUUGAUAGCUGAGUUUAGAUAAUUGAAAGAUAAUAAAACAAAGAAGGCCAGUAGGAUUAAAGAAAUGAAAGAAAUUUCUGCUAAAGGUUUCGCCCUCUAAUAACUGGACUUAAACAUUUUAUUCUUUAUUGCCUAGUUGCCCGUUUUGCAUCACUCAAGUAAAUCUUCCACAAUUCUUCUAUAGCACAAGGAAAAACUAUAGCGAAAAACGCAAAAAGUUAUCGAUGCCCCCGUCAAGCUUUUUAAGGGCCUUUUUAAAAGGGCCAUCUUGAACGGAACCGAAAUUAGAAGGGUCGUAAUGAAAAAUUGAUAGACCAGUUAGUUAUCUGAAGUAAUGGGCCAGCCUUAUCUUCGAUAUUAAGGCAUAUCAUUUCACCGAGUAUAAUUAACUUGGUGUUUUAGCUUGCAAGAAAAAUAUUUUCCCAUAAAAAUAUAACUAAGAAUCAAUUGAUCUAAGUACUACGCAGUUAUUACAAUAAUAAAUGUUAUAUCAUAAUUCAAUAUCAAAA